AUGGGCGAAGCGGAGAGCCAGCAAGAGGGCCACGAAGCGAGCCGCGACGCGGGAGAAGCUUUGGAGGCUUCCGUCAAUCGCAAUGUGACAGACCCGUCGCCUGAAAGGAUAGACCGCGAAGAAGGCGGAAAUACGAGCAGCGUUCCGUGUCCUGGAGAAAACUUGGGUGGACCCGAGGAAGCUGCUGGCAGCGAGGCGGACGAGGGAAGCAGCGGAGGGGCGGAGGAAGUCGGCGGUUCGGCCGCUGAGGAAGCGUGCGGCGUGAAAAAGGACGUGGAAGACGCGAGCGGUUCGAAUAAGGAUGCUCAUGCGGAGGGUGCAGCAGGUGAGGAUGUUACGACUCUCCGCGACGCAGCAGCCGAAGAUGCGGCGAAUGCCCGCGACGCACUAGCUGAGACCGAGCACACUUCAGCCGUCCUCGAGACCGAGGCGCCGUCAAUGGUGGACAGCGCGAGCUGCGGAGAUGGCGCGGUGAGCGGAGGCUCGGCAAGCGCGCAAGAGGCAAUUGCAGCCGACGCCGAUGCAGGUGCAGACGUUAGAACCAUGGCUGAAGCUUGCGAUAGAACCGGGAGCGGCGUGGACCCAACAGACUCGGCUGCGAGCACGGACGAAGCAAGCGUGGCGGAUGGCAAUGCGGACUCGGAUGCAGGAGCAGGCGAAGGGGCCACGGACGAGGCUGAUGAGGGGAACGCGACCUGCGAGGCCGCGGCAAACGCAGCACUUGAAACGGAGACCGCCACGGCCGGUGAGAACGAGAACGAGAACGCGCGCGAAAGCGAGAUUGAGCCCGAGCAUGCUGACGGCCCUGCGUGCAAGGAGGCACAACCGCCGGACGGCGUAUCCGUGCCUGCCGGUGAGGGAGUAGCUUUCGAGACAGAGGAAGGCGCGGGUAGCGCGUCGGGCGUAGAGGCGGGAAGCGAGGAGCCGGCGGCGGUUGCGGAGGAAGCGGCGGGAGAAACGGAGCCCGAAAGCUGCUCGUCAGACAAGAAGCCCGACGCGGAAGAGGUGCACGCGAGUGGCACAGCGCCUGAUGCGGCGCCAGUCGCGGCGGACAAGGCGGUGAGCCCGGUCGAAGAGGGGAAAGCGGAGGUGGUGGAGCGUACGGAGAGCGAGGGAGGGAUAACUUGCACUGGGAAUGAUGAUGAUGCGAUUGAGAGCAACGGCUGCGAGAGUGCGGAGGAUGUGGGGCAUGAGAAGCAUGAGGAUGAGAAGAGAGUGCUAGUAGCGGGUGAUGAGGGAAUCGAGGUAGCUCAUAGCGAGGAUGUAGAAGAGAUAGAGGGAGGUGGGGUGAUUAAUAAUGAUGAGAAGAACGAAGGGGUAGAGACGAGUGACGAGGCGGGGAAGAGUGAGGAGGUGGAGAGGACUGAAGCGCAAGAGAGUGAGGACCAUGAAAAUGUGGCAGAUGAGAAGGCGGGCGAAUCAAUGCAGCGCGACGCGGCAAUGGUUGAGGUGACUGCUGAAGGCGCGGUGAGCGCGGACGAAGGAAAUGGCGCAGAGAAUGGAGAGGUCGCGGCGAAUGGGGAAAACGGCGGAGCGCAAGGGACAGGCGGCGAGGAAGGGCCAGGCGGAGGAAACACGGCUGCACAAGAGGCGGGAGAGAGCACGGGGACGGCGCACGAGGCGGAGAGGGCGGAAGCGACGGAAGGCGGGGAGGAGGCGGCGGAGGAGGAGGAGGCGGCGGAAGCGGCGGAGGAGGCGGCGGAAGCGGCGGAGGAGGGGAGCGCGGCGAGCGAGGGGUCAGUGGAGGAGCUGCGGGCUGACGAGGCGGAGAAGGCACACGAGGCGGAGAAGGCACACGAGGCGGAGGUGGCGGGUGGGGCGGAAGAGGGAAGCGCAACGAUCGAGGGGGCGGCGGAGGGGGCGGAAGAGGGAAGCGCAGCGAUCGAGGAGGCGGCGGAGGAGGCGGAAGAGGGAAGCGCAGCGAUUGAGGGGGCGGCGGAGGAGGCGGAAGAGGGAAGCGCGGCGAGCGAGGGGUCGGUGGAGGAGCUGCGGCUGCUGGCGGACGUGCUGGCGUUGAUGGACUCGGACGCCUCAUCCAACGGCUCCCAUCACUCCUCGUCCGCCUCCUCCGAUAGCGACUCCGCAUCCGACGGUUCAGCGGCCCUUGCUGACGUGGAUAAACAUGAGGUUCUUCAGCAGGCAGCAGCUGCCGAAGCGCAGGUGAAUGCUCAGGUGGAAGCAGCAGUGAAGGUGCACGUGGCGGCGAUCGAAGCGGACGCCGCCGCCGCCAUUGAGCGGCGCGUCGCCGCCAGCUUGGAGCACCUGACCGCGGAGCUCGAAGCCAAGCUGGCCGGGCAGCUGGAAGAACGUUUAGCUGCCCGAAUCGAGGAAAAAAUCGCCGCGCGCAUGGAAGAGCGGAUGGCCACUGACGUGGCGACGCAGGUUACGGUGCGGCUGGCGGAGAUGGAGGCGGAAUGGAAGGAGCGCGCAGCAGGGGGAGCGGAGCACCCGCAGGCCCACGCGCAGGCGCAAGGCGGAGGAAAAGCUCCUGCGCAGGGGCAGGCGGGGUGGCAGAAGUGGAUGAUGUGGGGCGCGCGGGAGGACGAUAUGCGCAAGCAGGCGGAAGAGGAGCGGCGGAGGGAGAUUGCGCGCGUGAAGGAGCAGCUGGAGGAGCAGUGGGGCGCGGAGGUUCACAAGCUGCAGGCGCUCAUGCAGGCGGAACGCGCCAUCUCCGCGGAGCGCCUACAGGCGCUGGAGCGGCGGUGGCAGCGCGGGGAGGCGGAGCUGGCGGAAGGCAUCCGCGCGGUGCAGGAGCUUGCGGUGAUGAAGGUCGCGGCGGUGGAGGAGCGGUGGGGCGCGAAGGAGGCGGGGAUGCUGCAGGCGAUGGCGGAAGAGAUGCAGCGCCAGGUGGCGGAGCUCAAGGCGGAGCAGGCGGGGUGGGUGGGGCGCGUGGAAGACAUGCGCUUCCGCGUGUCCGCGGAGCUCAAGCAGGCGGAGGGGCGGUUGCAUUCCGCGCAGGAGGCGUGGGCGGGGCGGCUGGCGGAGAUGCAGGCGCAGGCGGACGCGGGGAGGGUUGCGGACGCGGGGAGACUGGCGGAGAUUGAGCGGGAGUGGGAGGGGAAGCUGGCGGAAGUGCGGAAACACGUGGAGGAGGAGAGGCGGAGGGGUGUAAAGCGGUGCAAAGUGGUGGAGGAAACGGUGGGGAAGAAGAUAGAGGAGAGCCGGCGGGCGGCGGACGCGGAACUGGAGAAGGCGCUUCAGCGGGAGGCGGAAGCGCGCAAAGAGCAGGCGGAAGCCGCAUCCGCGCGUGCCGCGGAGAUCGCCGCGCAAGUGGAGGAAGCCGCGCGGCAGGCGGAGGAGGAGCGCAAGCGGAACCUGAAGCGCGCGGCGAAGAUCCUCAAGGACUGCGCGGGGAAGACGGAGGCUGUGGAGCAGCGCGUGGCGGAGGCGGAGAAGCGCAUCGACGCGGAGCGCAAGGCGCAGCGCGAGGCGGUUGCGCGGAUCCACGCGCAGUUCGAGAUGAUGGAGGUGGCGUGGGGGAAGCGCGUGGAGCAGACCAAGGCGGAGGUGGCGGUUAUGCAGACGGAGGCGCGCGCGCAGCGGCGGCGGGACGAGGAGGCGCUGGGCGCGGUGAAGGCGGAGUGGGCGGAGUGGGCGGGGGAGCUGCAGCGGCAGACGCAGGCGGCGCUGGGCGACGACGCGAAGAAACUGGAGCUGCUGGAUGAGGUGGUGCUGCAGCUCUUCUCCGCCCACGUGCGCGCACAGCUCGCCUCACUGCGCCAGCGCCUCGACGACACCGCCCAGACGCAUGCAGACAAACUGCGCCACCUCCAUGACAACAUCGCCGCCCGCCUCGACGCCGCCCGCAAGCGGCUAGAAGACGAGCGGCGCGCGGAGGGGGAGCAGUUGCAGCAGUGGGAGCGGCUGUGGGGGGUGGCGGCGGAUAGCAAGUGGGGGGAGACGGUGGCCGGGCGGCACCGGAGGGAGGCAGAGCGGUUGAGAGAGGUGCAGGAGCAGUUGGCGGGGCGGGUGGCGGCGCUGCAGAAGCGAGAAGAGGAGGAGCGACGGGGCGUUGCAGAACAGCUGAGGAAGCUUAUAGAAAGGCUUGAGAAGGGGGUGGAGGAGGGGGGAGAGGGUGGUGGAGAAGGGGGAGAGGGGGGAGGGAAUGGGGGAGGGGGAUUGGCGGCGUGGAAGGAGAUGGCUGGGAGGGAGGUGGAGAGGGUGGGGAGGGAGGUGGAGGGGAAGGGGCGGGCGGAUGGGGAGAGGGUGAGUGCGAUGGAGGGGCAGUGGCGAGUGCGGUGGGAGGAGGUGGCGGCGGCAGCAGAGGAGGGCAGGAAGCAGCAGCAUGUGACGGUGCAGCAACUCAUGGAGGAUGCAAUGGAGUGCCGCAUAAGGGCUGUGGGUGCUGUGGUGAAAGCUGGCUCUGCACAUGCUACCCUCCUCUCCACUGUUCUCCUCAACUUGCAGGCCGAGGCAGAGCGAGUGGUGGCAGAUGAGGAGACUGGUCACCCGCCCAUUAUGCCGUCCCCUCGUCCUCGCACACCGUCGCGAUCGUCGUCGCCCUUCCGUGGCUCCUCCCGUUGCCUUCCCGUCGCCCAUCCCGUCGCCCAUCCCGUCGCCCAUCCCGUCGCCCAUCCCAUCGCGCAUCCCGUCGCCCAUCCCGUCCCUCCCCUCGUCGCCCUCGCCAACCGUCGGAAACUCCCUCCCGUCGCCCUUCCUCUCUCCCAUCCCGUCGCUCCCCUCGUCGCCCUCGCCAACCGUCGGAAACUCCCUCCCGUCGCCCUUCCUCUCUCCCAUCCCGUCGCUCCCCUCGUCGCCCUCUCACACGCCCCGAAACUUCCUCCCGUCGCCCUUCCUCUCUCCCAUCCCGUCCCUCCCCUCGUCGCCCUCGCCAACCGUCGGAAACUCCCUCCCGUCGCCCUUCCUCUCUCCCAUCCCGUCGCUCCCCUCGUCGCCCUCUCACACGCCCCGAAACUUCCUCCCGUCGCCCUUCCUCUCUCCCAUCCCGUCGCUCCCCUCGUCGCCCUCGCCAACCGUCGGAAACUCCCUCCCGUCGCCCUUCCUCUCUCCCAUCCCGUCGCUCCCCUCGUCGCCCUCUCACACGCCCCGAAACUUCCUCCCGUCGCCCUUCCUCUCUCCCAUCCCGUCCCUCCCCUCGUCGCCCUCGCCAACGCCCCAAAACUCCCUCCCGUCGCCUUUCCUCUCUUCCAUCCCGUCGCUCCCCGCGUCGCCCUCGCACACGCCCCGAAACUCCCCACCGUCGCCCUUCCUCUCUCCUAUCCCAUCACUCCCUGCCGUCGCCUUUACAUCUAUCCCCUCCCAUCUCCCGCAUCGCGGAUGAAUUGGACGGUGCUCGCUGUUGGGAAGAAUGAGAGUGGGAUGUCGCAAACUUGCAACAUUCUUGUGUGCAAAUCCAAGUGA